AUCAUCAUAUCUCAAACCCAGAUGUUUCUAUCGACAAUCAAUUGUCUGGCACAAAUAUUUAAUUGCCAGAAAAAUUGCUACAAAAAAAGUGCAUUUGAGUUCUUUCCGUAUCGUGGUUCAAGUGAUUUCCACUUGAAAUUUUUAAAUUCAAUUCAAUCUCUGAGAUAAUAGUGUGUUAUCUAUUAAUUAUUUCAAAGUGAAAAUGAAAAAUUUUAUAACGAUCAUUUGACCUUCUCAUAGCUGAAAAUGAAUGGGAAGAAAAAACGACAAUGACAAUGAAUCGUCGUUUUGUUUUUGUUUGUGGGUGGGGGAGAGGAGUGGCAAUAAUUUAAUUCAAUAUUUUUUUCAGUAAUUUAAUUUAAUAUAAUUUAUACAUUUUAAAAGCUUUGCAUCUUAGUAUGGUUCAAAAUUUGUUUUUUUUUUUGAAAUUGAAAAAUUUUUUAAAAACAAAAAAAAUUAUGGUAUGGCAAACAAUAGCAUCAUGGACAAAAACUGCUUGGAAUUGGCUCGUACAAGGUGGAAGAUUGCUUAAUGAUGCAGUAAAUGUUUAUCAAGCAGUUGAAGAUAUCUAUUUUAAAGGACAGCCACCACCGACACCGAUAUUACCGGAAUAUGAUCGUGAUAAAUUGGAUCAAUUAUAUAAUGGCCGUCAACCGAUAACUGAAUCAGAAUGUAUGAGCAUAUUUGGUAAACAAUUUCAAACAAUGUCUGAUCAACAACCACCAGAAUGGCUUGGUAAAUGUUGUCUGGAUGAGCCAAGAAUUUAUUGUAAAUGUUUUAAUCAAAUUAAAACAACGCAUACAUUAUUGUUAUCAUGUCCAUAUUUAAUGGAAAAAAAAUUUGAUGCAACUUGUCAUCAUUUAAAUAAUGCAACACAAAAUACCAACAUUGGAUUCCAUGAUCAAUUGUAUUCAUCAUCAAUCGCCAAUAGAUAUAUUUUAUUCAUUUUUAUCACUUUAUUUUUGGUAAUAUUUGACAUAGUACUUUUAAUCUUUAUAAUACGUAUGAUGCGAUCAUUACGAACCAUUGUUGAUGCCAAUGAUGAUGAUGAUGAUGAUGGUAAUCUUGAUGAUCAAGAUGAGAAAACGAAAACGAUAACGAACAAAACUACUGAUAAUAGCAACGAUAAAUCGAUUGUUAAGAAUAAUAAUAAUAACAACAACAACAACAACAAAAAACGUGGAAAAAAUGUCGAUAAUUUCGGUUUAAUUUGAUUUAUAUUUUGAUCAACAAUUACAGCUCUGAUUGAGUGUGAAUAAAUCAAUCAACAAUGGAUUGUAUAGUUAAACUUGGAUUAAAAUUUCUUGGUCUUGAUGCUGUGGUAAAAUUUCC